UGUGAAAUCCUCACAACAUAGGCAGAAGCCUGUAAAAUUGCAGCAACCAGUUUAUCAACCAGAUUACCAACCAGAAACAGCCAUCAGUAUCAGUGAAUCUGGUUCACCAUACAGACCAAAAAGUGAUAUUCCACCACGUCGUACUAUGAGGGAUCCUCGUAUGACAACAAGAAGCUUUGACCAGACAUAUUAUGCUCACAAUAUACCAUACAAUCACUCAAACUUACCAACAACAAACAUAUCCAGAAGUGAUGAAGGCAGUGUACCACUGACUUAUUUCGACCAACAUGAAACAAUAAACUGGCCAAAUUUCACUGAAACUGAUGUUAACCUCUCAAGAUAUGCCUCAGGUUUAGAUGAUGGUACGCGAGAGAAAAUGUUAUCAGAUAUGCGGAAUCGCUCAGUACAUUGGGGUCCAAUAUAUAGAAAAGAUCGACGGUACUAUCCAAAAGACUAUUAUUGGAUGGAUCAACAACACCGAAAACGACAUGAACAGCAAACAUCGAGGGCACUUUACAGAAGAUCACGUACAUUAGGUGAUAGUGCGGAGAAUAUUAACACUGAUUGGAUGCCGACUAGAUCAAAAACACAAUUUAAAACACAACUUUAUACUACACCCCCACCGACUGAUGAGAAAGAAGCUUACUAUAAUGGUUUAUUAAUGGAGCAUAAACUUAAAGAACCUCAUAUGGAUUUUCAAACCUUUUGUAGAUUGAGACGAUUAGGUCGAUUUAAUGAAAAAUAUCACUUUGGAUUAGAUAUGGGCAUAAUAGAUGAAUCACAAAGAUUAUUACGAGAAUCACAAGAUUCUUUUCACCUUAAACCUACACAUUCAACUCGUAGAAGAUGGACAUCAGCUGAAAUACCUGAAGUAAGAGUUUCACCGGUUUUCGCUGAUUCAACUGAAAUACAGUAUGAUGAGAAUGAAAGAGAAGAUAAUAGAAGAAUUGAACAUUUUGAUCAAGUUUAUCCAAUCGAUGUAUACAAUUACACUAAAUAUACGACUGGUAGAAAACGUCCUUAUCAUGAACAAUUUUCUCCAUAUAAACAACAUCGAAUAGCCUAUGAAGAUGAAGUUAUCAAACGUCCAUGGAGUCAAACACAUAAAACAGAUAGAUAUUUAACUCCACACAGAGGUGAUUCAUUGAGAAAAGCUUUAAGUUUAGAUAAACCAUCAUAUAUGCCAACUCCAUUGCAUAAACCAUCUACAUCCCAACAGUAUCAUCAUUCAUCUCAUGAACAAUUAAAACAUCCUGAAGAAAGUUUAGAAUCGAAAUUUACACGUCAACAACACUUUAAAUAUCAUAUUCCAUAUUAUUCUUCAUCAUUUGAUUAUCCAUCACUGUCAAGUAGUAAAACAAGACCAUUAAUUCAUCCAGGUUAUAUUCAAACUUAUAAUUUUUUCUCUCCAAUUGAAGAAAAAGGUGAUUUUGAAUCUGAAACAAAAGGUCAUCCAUUAAUGAAUAGAUUUAAUGUGGAUAACAAUAAUUUAUGUGAAAAAAAUGAAAAAAUUUAUCCUAUGCAAAUCAAAGAUGAUCAUGGGCUUUCAGCACAUAAACAAAAGUCUGCAUCAUACGUUACUACUGAUAUUAUAGAUGAUACAAGUAAUCAUAGUAGUCAAAAAAAGAUUUAUCAAUCACCAUUAAAGAAAACAAUUUCACCUAGUGCGUCAAUAGAUGAUAUUAUACCAUAUGAUAGAAAAUCUUUUAUAUCACAUAAAGAAGUUCGAAUUAGUGAAUCACAAACUCAUGAACCAACUGGGAUUAAAAAAUCAGUGACCUUAUCAAAUGAUAUUAAUAUUAAACAAUCACCACCAACUACAACACGACAUACUACAACUAUGUCAUCAAGUGGAAUUUUAAAAGUGUCUGUACAUUUAGGUGAAAGUGAAAUACAAGAAUUUGCUGAAUACUGGGACCAUAGUAUAUUUUCAGGUGCAAGAAUUACUGCAGUUUGUUUAGCUGGAGUAGCUUCUGUUUGCUUAGUUUGUUCUGUAUGUGCCAGCACAUGGUUAUAUCAGGGAUAUGCAAACAAUAUUACCCAUAGUGGAUUUUGGAAACGUUGUAGUUAUUUCAAUCAAACAUGUGAAAUCAUGCUUCCUUUUAUCACUAAACAUGAAGGAUGGCAAGACGGUGCAUUCUUUAUACUUGUAUUGGCUAUAUUAUUAGGAUUUUUAGGAUUGAGUCUUUCAGUGGCUGGCCACUUAGUUUAUGCUCUUCCGAAAAGAUUAUAUUAUUUUCAUUCAGGAGGUGAGGCACAUGUCGUUGCAGCAUUUGUUACUGCCUUAUCAGUGCUUAUUUAUCACAUCACUAUAAAAUUACAUUUACGAACAGAAGGUCCUGUAUAUUUUGGCGAAGCAUAUGGUAUUUCAUGGUUUGCAUGUUUUCUUCAUAUAUUGGCAGCAAUUCUAUUGCUUUUAGAUGAAAUUAUUAAUGAAUUAGUGAAUUUAGCUCGUCGAGUACAUUGUGUACGUACUUGUUUAAAAUGUAUUAUACAUACAUACAGUAGGACUGUUCAGAAAAAACGUCAAUUAUUUACUCAUUAUAAUAUAAAAUUUUGCAAUGAUAAAUAAACACCUUUUUUUUAAAAGAAGCAAUGAAUUGAAUAUGAAAAGAAUAUUUUAGAAAAUAAAUUCAGUUAAAAAGAAAUUAUUAUUGAUAUAUAUAAUUUAGAGAACUUAUAUUGUUUUGUGUCUUUCUUGUAUACUUAUUAUUCAUAUGUAUUGAAUAUUCUAAAAUAUUAUUUCUUUCAACUUCAAUUGGCUCAACAUUAAGUAGAAAAUGAUAAUAAUAGAGAAAUUCUUUUAAUUAUAUAAGGGAACUUCACAGAUUAAUAAAAAUACAUGAGUUAUCAUUUACAAUUAAUCAUUCUAUGAUAGUAUUGAAGAUCAUAAAUAAAUAACAGGAUUACACAAGCUAUAAAUAAUAACAAAAAGUAAAGUACAUAAGUACAUAUUUUCAGAAGCAUUUUAAGAUAAAUAUAUACCUUGAGAAUUGUAAUUAUUUUACUAAUUAUUUUAAGCUACUUAAUUCUUUAUAAGUAGCUAAUGUUUUCCUUAAGAUAUUUGUGGAUAUUAUUAUAUUUCAGAAAAAUUUCCAUUGUAUAUCUAUCCAUUAGAAAAUGCCAGAAUAUUUCAUGCAAUCUAACAGAAAAUUUUUUUUCUACUUCCUGAAUAUAAGUGGUUUGAUUUUUCUUUAGAUUUCUAUGCAUAUAUGUAAUCUUACGUUUAGGUUUUUGAAAUAAUAACCAUUUAGAACUGAUUGAUAAUAAGUACGUUGUAAUUUAUCAGUCAAGUUCAUUUUUAGUGGGGUGGGGACGGGGGAUUUAUCUACUUUUUUUCUGUUUUAAUUUAUAACCUUUAUUUCAAAAAACGAUUUGUGAAAUAUAAUUAGAAAUAAACAAACAUGAUUGUGAUUGGCUUCAUAAGAAAGUAUAAUAUGAAUGAAUUUUAAUAAAUUAUGUUAUAAAAUUUGUUUUUAAUUCACUUUUAAGUAAGUAAUUUGAGCUUUGACCUGUAAUGAAGUGAGAAUCUGAAGUGAACUAUAAAUUAAGUGAAGUUUGCAAAAGAAUUCUGGGAUAAUAUGUUUGACCUGAUGGUAAAAUUGUAAACAUACACAAGUUGAUUUCUUCUUUCUCUCUAAAAUAAGAAACAUUACACUUCAAAUGUUACUGCAUGACAAAAUGCAUAGCUUUUACCAAAGCUUAAAUACCUUUUGGUUUAUAAUAAUAUUAACAGAAUUCAGUAAAUAUAUUUUUCAUAAUGUGUACAUAACAAUCAUUAUCAGUGUCAAAAGUUAGGACUAUACCGUUAAUUUCACUGUACUUAUGCUUAACUAAUCGUCUGGUGGUAAGCCCACUGAUUCAUUCAAAAUGGUUAAAAUUUCAGAGUUUUGUGAGGCCGUUUAUUUUUUCUACAUUUAGAUCGGACGAUGUUGUCGAAGGGGUCUCCACUUUAGUGGCCUAAGUUCUGACUCCAAGUAGAUCGCAUGGAUGAUCGUUGUCGAAAUAUAUAUGUCGCCUAUCCUCGUAUAUUAUCAUCGACUUAAAUCACGUUAGUCAAUAACAAAAUUAAAUAAGUCAAAUAACGAGUAUAGACUUUGAAUACAUAUAUUUCUUUACUCAUUUAAAUAAAUAAAGUAUCUGUCACCUUCUGUUCAUACCGCAAAUAUAACAGAAACAGUUAAAUAUACGGAAAUAAGUAUUAGUAAAUUGAUUAAACAAAACACUCCUGCUAAAAACAGAUAUUAUUCUAGUUCUUAAAUAUCAUUUGAAUAAUACUAUGAGCCUAUGUAUUUAUAUAAAAUAAAUAUCAGACACAUAGUUUUCUUCUGAUCAGAACCGAAUUUUCGCAAAAUCUCUAUAAGCACCUAUCACACGUGCCGAAGAAUUUAGUAUGAUAAUUAGAAGUGGUUGAAUACGAUAUGCUUGUUACAGGGGAGCUGAAGACAUUUGGCUGAUUAAAACCUUUGUAUUAUUACUAUUAAUUUCACUAUGUUUUUGGAUGUAUUUGUCUCACCUAACUUCCGAACUUGUAUGUUUAUAUCAUUAUUUUUGGACAUUUUGGUUUCUCUUUGUCUUUGGUUUGGUAUUUGGGAGGUUUUGCUCUGAGAACCUACAAAAUUGAAUGUUUGUUUUGUAAUUGUUAUAAUUAUUGUUGUUAGAACGACAUUUGUGUCGACUAUUUGUAAAUUGCGAAUAAAAUUUGGUACCUAAA